AUGCAAGAGCCUGUACGAAGAGCUACGGUACUGGUGCCUUUGACUGGGCAGGAUAUAUCCACCCAGGCUAUUCCAAGACGCGCCACGGCCCCAGGAGACUCGGAAUUGUAUCGAGGUCGACACAGAUAUACCCUCUUGGAGACGCAGUCGAACUCUAUGCCGUCACAACCACGAGACAUUACAUCUGGCUCGUCUUCACAGGCGAGUCUAGAGCCCGGUAACGUCGAGGGAUUCCGUCACCUAGCGCACAGCAUUGUUUCGAGAACGUUGGCACUUGAGUGCGAGUACGACCGAAUGGGGCGACCGGAUCAGGACGAACACGCAUGGAAGAUGCUAAAAACACACAACCAUCUUCGUGUCUACAAGCGUAAGGUCCAGCAGUGCUUCAAACUGAGUCAGAGUCGGGUUGGAGAAUCGUUUAAGAAAGCUCCAAUGGUCAUCUGUGUUGGCUCUGUUGAAGGGACGGUGGAGGACAUUCUCUACGGAAUUCACGCCAAGACUCGUUGUGAGAUGAGAGCAACCAUGAAUUUCAUGGGUAGAAACCCUCUCGACUGCGACGUAUUAGCUAUGCUCGACUGUGGCUCCAAGAAAGACCCGUAUCGUCAAUUGUCUAUCAAAUACCUCCUGGCCGAGACAUUCGGAGAUGCACGAGUAGUGAACGAUCGCGACGUCUGCUCACUUGAGUCUAUGGGUUUUGGCCACGAUUCAAGAGGUAAGCGCUACGGCUAUUACCUUCUGCGAAGCGUAGACGUGCCGGAGUGUUCUUCAUUACCCAAAGACAGCGGCGUGGUGCGUGCUAGCGUUACCAUGUGCUGCAUUUACCGGCAAGUACAAGGCGCUGUAAAGGUGUACAGUAAAGCGGUGCUUGAUCUGGGUGGGUCUCUUCCAGAAUUUCUGGCUUAUGAUGCCGCGACGGAAUUACUGCUUUCCAAUGCCGAGGCGAUUACAAGUGCUACAGCCAAACGCCUUACCGUUCUAGCUCUUCAGAGGGUUCAGGCACAAAAGUCUGAAGAAUCUCAAGACCUCACGUCCUCUUCAGAAUCGGAAGUGCUUUUGAGUAGCUCACGAUACGCCAAAUCGUACAAUUUCCGUAGUACCCAGAGUCUGUUGAUCACAACGCCGUCUUCCACAAAUGCCGUGCAGUUGACAGCGGCCCAGAAAACUCCAAUUCAGCCCUGCGGUUUGUGUGACAAGAUGCCAAAGAUGGCAAAGUUUGUUCGUUCAACACACCGCAAUUGCGGUGUAUGUAACCGAUGCGUUUGCAUGAAAUGCAGCGUUAAGCAGAGAUUGUACGCCCGUUCGGAAUCAGUAAUCAUUACUUGCUGUAAAGGCUGUAUUCUGACAGCCAAGAAGCUAAAAGUGGACCCUCGCGACCCGUUCCCAAUGCUGCCAUGA